AUGGUCAUCAUAUUAAAAAGUUAAAACAGUUAAAAGUUGUAUCUUUAACCUAAAUUCUCGGUCCGGGACAGAAGUUCUCUAGAGCUACACGAAGUGAGAGAGAUCACCAACAAAAAGUGCCUUUGAGAAGAUAUCCUUGACUUGAGGUUGGUCCGUCUACAUUGCUGGCCUGUGCUUUCAUUAAGGCCAGACUCAAGCACCAACACAGGAUACCUCAGCUGCAAGUCCUUUGCCACCGCCAGCCAUCUGAUCAUUCUGCACCAGCUGAUGGAGGACUCACCAGGUUGUUUUAAAAGAGGACUUUGCACAUAAAGCCAACCUACAGCUUUCGUUGUAUGAGGCCCAAUAGAUUAACUUAAAACAUUUAAUUUAUGAUUAUAACCUUCGGUCAUGGCGAUGAACAUUUCCUCAGUAAGAGACACAAAAUGGCUUACCCUGGAAGUCUGUCGACAGUUUCAGCGAGGAAACUGUUCACGCAGUGAUGAGGAAUGCAAAUUUGCUCAUCCACCGAAGAGCUGCCUAGUUGACAAUGGGAGAGUUGUUGCCUGCUUUGACUCACUGAAGGGCCGAUGCUCAAGAGAAAACUGCAAGUAUCUUCAUCCACCUUCACACUUAAAAACCCAGUUAGAGAUAAACGGGCGCAACAACCUCAUCCAGCAGAAGACAGCAGCAGCCGUGCUUGCCCAACAGAUGCAGCUUAUGAUGCCGGGACCCAGCCUGCAGCCUAUGCCGACAUUUCAUGUUACACAGGGACUGGGUACAAAUACUGGUCUUGGUUAUGGUUCAUACAUGACACCUUUAGGCCACGGAAUGAGCCUCAUCUCAACAGACAACCUCUCCAGCACCCCGGUCCUUGUUUCUGGGAACCCUUCUGUUACAGUCCAGAGCUCCUCCUCCUCCUCCUCUUCGUCUUCUUCUUCUUCUCCCUCACAGAAGCUGCAGCGUACAGACAAACUAGAGGUGUGCCGCGAGUUUCAGAGGGGAAACUGUGCAAGAGGGGAGACAGAUUGCCGCUUUGCUCACCCCAGUGACAGCCCAAUGAUUGACACCACAGAUAACACUGUCACUGUUUGCAUGGACUACAUCAAGAGCCGCUGCUCCAGGGAGAAGUGCAAGUAUUUUCACCCGCCUGCACACUUGCAGGCCAAAAUCAAAUCCAGUCAACAGCAAGGCAAUCACACAGUCGUGGCCGCCCAGGCCGCAGCUGCAGCCAUGACUCAGUCGACUGCCAAAGCAAUGAAGCGAUCCCUCGAGGCAACUGUAGACCUGGCCUACCCUUACAGUCUACCCCUACCAAAGAGACCAGCUUAUGAGAAGAGCAGCUGGGCCAACUCUCUCCUUAGCCCCAGUUUUUUGCACUACCAACAGGCUCUGGCCAACACACAGCUGCAGCAUCCCCAUGCUGCAUUUUACCCCACAGGUUCCGUCUUCUGCAUGACUCCCGGUAACGGCAUUGAUCAUCCUCAAGUAACCAUCAGAAACAGAAGUCUGUGCCGUGUUGCUGCUGUUAAAGACGCCAAACAACUGCUCUGUAAAUAUUCUGUUAACACCACACACAACCUACAACAAGCUGCAUGCUGAUAACAUCACUGAUGAAAAAGUAUUGUAUUGUAGACAAUACUUCAAUCUAAUAAUAAAUUACAUAACUCAAUUACUAGGAUUAUACUGUGUUAGAAAAGUGUCACAGAAGAUCAUUGUAUGCACGCGCCUUUGCACCCGCAUUAACAUGCAUCCUCAGUAAUGUGCAUAAUAUCCUGGUUUCUAUUUCCUAAACCAAUUCUGACAAGGUCAGAAGGGCAUUUAGCCAGUUAAUGAGUCAAAAUACAAUGUGUCUACAGUUCACAUAUAGGAGCCUCAUACAUAAAAGUUACCUUUUCUGAACAAAUCCAACCAGGACACACAUGAAGAUUAAACAAAAACAGGCAGAAGAGAUACAGUAGUAACGCAUUAACGUUAACUGAUAUGGAAACAAAUAUAAAUAUUGUUUACUGACAGAUUAUAAUUAUGUAAAUACUACAAGAGGAGGAGAUGAGCAGGACAGAUUUAAUCUGAAAACCAUACAUGUUAAGACCAGGUGAAAAGGAGUCCUAUAUCAGAGAUUGUUAAAAUUGUAUCCUCAAGAUUUUGAGCAACAACUUAUAUUUCCUUUCUUGAAUGUCUAAUGUAAACUAUUAUUUCCAUUAAUGAUUGUUUAUCUAGUGCCAGCUUUAAUUAUUUCAAACUCAAUAGUAAAACACCACACAAUAGUUUCCUUUAAAUGUUCUUAGGUUAGUCCAUCCGUCUUGUUUACCCUGUCAGCCUCAGAGAACAGGAUCAGUGCUCCACCUCCUGGUGUGCCUUUGCAUUGCAUAUACAGUAUGUUUGCUCUGUCAAAAUACUGUAUAAUCUAUUUGCUGCAGAUACAUUUUCUUUAAGGAAGUGAGGCAACAAGGAUUAAAACAUUUAGAUUUCCUCCUCUUUAUUACAAAAAAAUAAUUGGAUUAUCUGUCACAGUGAUGGUUGACUUGUUGAUGUAUAUGUAAAUGGUUUUGACUUCUGGAGCCAGUUUCACAAAGAUAGCCUUUGGGUUAGGUCAAACCAACAGUCGGAUUCAGCUGUCUUAAUUUAUCUGUAGCAAAACGUUGCGUAGUUCUCGAUUGUCUUCAGUAGGACUCAAUUCUGAUCGUGUAACCUCCUCAAUCCGCUCAGCAGAAAAUGCUUCAAUUCAACAGUCACAAGGACAUUUUACUGGGAAAAUUCUGCAGUAUAAAAAACAUCAAGUAGUAUAAAAUCUCAGCAAAGUGCAGACCUGUAGCACAGCUGAGAUGUGGCUUCUUAAUGUGGCAGGGCUCAGUACUUCUGCUAACUCGUCAGUCAAGCUCCAUUAACUAAAGAAAAAGGACUGACAAUAUAUUCAAUGCUGCAAAUAUACAACAGGGUACUUUCUUCUCUAAAAACUCUUCCCCUUCUCAAUACUCGCUUUGGAAUUUGUUAGAAAACCAUAAAUUAUGAGCCAUGUUUUCCCCUUCUUUGGUAGUUUGGUGCCACUGGUCAGCAGGUGUCACUGAUUGUUAUCAUGGAAUUAUCAUCCUGGCGGUAGGGUGGCUUACUCUUUAGGUUUAAAAUAAGCCCAUCUUGAUUUUUGCGACUAGCUUCCAUUAGACAAAAUUAGUGAAAUAAGGCCUUGCCUCACAUUAUAGACCAGUCUCUAAUAUCUUUGUGAAACUGCCUCCUGCUUCAACUUGAGCAUAUAGGGAAGCCGUUUAUAUUCAAACUAAGUUCCUGUAAUCAUAUAAGGGAUGAGUAGUGAGUGAACUGUUGGUCUUAAUGUUACAAUCAGUUGUCAGUACUGUAAUAUUUGAAUGUUAUAAGUGCCUGAAGAAUUGUGCAGAUGAGGAUAUCCAUGCAUAUUUAAAAGGCUUUGUGUGAAAAAUCACCACGUUAAAUCUACUCUACUUAAGUCACAUUUAGAAAGAGAUGUUUUGCAAUGCUUUGUUAGUGCAUUAGUCAAUUAGUUUUUACUGAUUCUCAAAUAUGUAUGUGUGUACUAUGUAUGAGAGUUAAUAUCCAUCUUAAUUUCAUAAGUUCCAUUUUUAAGAUUAUAAGUGCUUCAUGCACAGUAAAAUACUUUAUGUAGUAAAGUAGAAUUUAAAGAGGUUGAGGAUUAUUGAAGUUAAGUUGUGUUUGGUUGCCACUACAUUAUGCAAUGACCCUACUUUGUAACGGAUGUUAAAAACGGAUGUAAAUCACUCGUAUAUGUUACGUUCUCUUGAACACCUUUCAAGUAACUUUUAGUUCCCUGUUUUGCGAUCAGCUUGUUCAAAAGUCAACCUUUCCUUUAAUGUUUCCGAUGUGUUUUCAAGUGACUGAUAUAAGUUUCUUCUUGUUUUAUGAAACGUGUGUGUAUGUGUACACUUUUGUGUGAUUAACUCAGACAAUCCACCAAGAGAUAUUUCAUCUGUUCACUUUUUUUUUUUUUUGGGGGGGAAAAGUUUCACACAUUAUAUUGGUUGGAAUAUAAGGAGUAUACUUGCGUAUUUUACUAGUUCAACAUUAGAAAAGAACACUUUUAAAAUGUAAUCUCUUCUAUUUUAUGAUGAAUGUAAUUUAUUAAACUGACUUUAGCUCUGCUGGAGGUUCCUCAAAGGACCUCGGUCUGUUGUAUUAGCCUAUGAUAAGCCGUCUUAUGUCCAGGGAUCUAAUGUUGGAGCAAAGAGGAUCUUCAAGCAUUGCAUCCCUGUCACUGCCUUGUCACCUGUGAGGGACAACAAACCUUUGUCUGAGCAAGGCCAUAGAAUUGCUUUUUAUGUACAAAAGUGCAUUGUACAGGCCACAUUUUACGGAAAGGAACUUUCAUAAUAGUGUGAUAAUAGUUUGUCAUUUAAUUGUGUUGUUGAGGCAAUCUGAAAUUGCGGUGAUUAAAACUAUGUUUGUAGGGGAUGAAAUAGUUUUUCUUCCUCACAAAAACACAUUAGAUUGUACUGUCAGAUAUUUGACUUUAUUAUGCCAUGGUGAAACACUGUAAGUGAUCCAGUGCAUGAGAAUAUAUUUUGAAAUGUGUAUUUUGUGUUUUAUAUGGGUACCACUGCAUGUUAACAUCUUGCAGCAAACAUAUGAUCCACCCUCAGAGAAUCUGCAGUCAUACGAUCUGGAGUUUAUGGUUCAGCAGCUGUUAGAACCUUAAUUCUCUUUUCAUAAUAUGAUUGCUUUAAAAGUUUAGGUUAUUAUUAGAUUCAUGACAUAUUUUCCCUUAUUUAUUUUACCUGUGAAAAAAGGCAUAGAACCGAAUGUUUGUUUCACUUUUUGGCAAAUAAACUUGAAUGUCAUGGAUACACCUGCACAUGGAGGUUGUUUGAGAUUUGGAUCGCCCUGUCAAAACCAUGUGGACAGUAAGAAUGUUUGGUCAGACUGAUUUAAGCACUUUCUCAACCGUCAGACUAAGAGGACAUGCUUUUUUUGAACUUUGCCUUAUCUUUAAUCUAUUCCUGAAUUUUUAUUUGUUCGGUAAUUGUUAGUACUAUAAUGUCUAAUAAGUAAAAUACAUUUAAUUGAACUUUGCUGUGACAUUAUUGCGACAUAACUUUUGAGUUUGAGGCCAAAAUGAAACCCCAAAACUAUCCUGAUGGGACUGGCUACAUUGCUUGUUGAAUUAUAUCACACCGCAAAAUAUGCCAGUGCCAUUCUGUUCAAUCUAGUCCUGAAUAUAAACUGUCCCCUCUUCUUUUUUUUAUUACUUGGGAAAAUUAUUUAAUUUGUGUAUAAUUAAACAUUUCAUGUGGAUAGUUUUGCUCCUGUAAAUUCAAAAUUGUGUAAUAUCUAAUAUUGCAAAUAAAUAAAUGUCA